UUUACAUUACACCGGCCGCGAAGAGCCCCCCAGCGCUCCGGUCCGUUUUCACUGUAGCAGAGCCGGAAGCGAAACCCUAGCCCCCUCGCUCUCUCUCCCUCUCCGCGCUCCGGUCCUUCUCCACUGUAGCGGAGCCGGAAGCGAAACCCUACCUCUCUCUCUGUCUCUCUCUCUCCAAUGGCAACUACUCCACUGAUUGCGGGGGUUGCAAUAGCAGCUGCUGCGUACGCAGGUAGAUACGGCAUCCAGGCAUGGCAAGCCUUCAAGGCAAGACCACCUACAGCGAGAAUGCGCCGAUUUUACGACGGGGGCUUCCAGCCCACCAUGACGAGAAGGGAAGCAGCUCUGAUACUUGGUGUCAGAGAAAGAACUCCGGCAGAUAAGGUCAGGGAAGCGCAUAGGAGAGUUAUGGUUGCGAAUCAUCCAGAUGCUGGCGGUAGCCAUUAUUUAGCUUCUAAAAUCAAUGAAGCUAAAGAUGUGAUGCUUGGAAAAACUAAAAGCAGUGGGUCUGCAUUUUGAUGACCCUUUUCUGCAAGGCCGCAUUCUCAGGUUCCCGGUGGAUCAAACCGAUCUUGAUUUGUCGAGGUCGAGUAAGUGGGGAUUGGAAAUUCUCUUCUUCUUUUCAGUAGUUCACCCACAGGAACCAGGUCUUUCUUCUGCCCAUGAGGAAAUUAGAUUGGCCUAUGAUUCUUCGAAGAGCCGUUUGUUUCUUUUCGGAAUUUUUGUAGUUUACAUUGUGCCGAUUAUAGUUU